AUGGAGACGAAAACCACCAUGCGCGCCAUCCGAACAGGGACAACCCCCGGGCACGCCGAGGUAGAAGACGUACCCAUCCCCUCGCCCCUCACCGCCCUAGCUCAGCACCCGGCCUACGUCCUUGUCAAGCCGUGGUACGCCGGCAUCAACCCCUGUGACUACCUCUUCGCCGACUACGAGGGCAUGUUCGCGCCCGGCAUCACCCUGGGCUGCGAGUACGCCGGCGAGGUCAUCGAGAUCGGGUCCGCGGUGACCAGCGGUCUCAAAAAAGGGGACAAGAUCGCCGGCCUCGCGAUACCCAGCGCUGGGCCCAUGCCGAACGCCGGGACUUUCGCUGAGUAUAUCCUUGUCAAGGGAGAUGCGGUGCUGCGGCUGGGCGAGAUGGGUGGAGUUGUCGGUGAGGCUGAGGCUGCGGGUGUGAAUGUUGCAUUGGCUACCGUGUAUUGUGCAUUCUACCAUCUGAUGGGGCUGCCAUUUCCAACGGUGGAGUCAGGGCUGGACCUAUUACACGUAGGGAAUAAGGCUACGGAAACUCCUGAGAGAACCAUUUUGAUCUAUGGUGGAAGCACGACGACCGGGCUCAUGGCCAUUCAGUUGGCCAAGUUGAGUGGCAUGUUGGUCAUCACCACAUGCUCAGCGGCCAACUUUGUGCUAGUAAAGGAAAGAGGGGCCGACCAUGCUUUCGACUACCACGACACUAAGGGCUGCGUCGAAGGAAUCAGGAAAGUCACGGGUGGUCAGCUGAGAUUGGUGUUCGACUGCGUGGGGGCGUUUGACUCGCCCCAGAUAUGCGCAGAUGCAAUGGCUUCCGAUGGCGAGGGCUGCCUGUACGACUCCUUGUCCCUCACACCGUUCCCUAGGGAUGAUGUGAGGUCGAUAUUUACCCCAGGCGAGGCCGUUCUCGGCGAGGCUCGCCAGGUUCGAGGGGAAUUCAUCCCUGGUGAUGAGGAGCUGUUCAGGGCCAAUCAGGAUUUCUUGCGGCUAUCUGAGCACCUUUUCAAGAUCGGAAAGAUACGACCACCGCCAACGGAGAUUGUACACGGCAUGGAAAAGAUACUAGAAGUGAUGGACGACCUACGAAAGUGGAAGAUUAGUGGCAAAAAGAUGGUUGCCCGUAUUUAA